AUGAUUGUGGACUAUCAGCGAACGUAUGGCUACAUAGAUCCAAAAACUGGUCAAAUUUCGGGAAUGGCUGGCCGAUUACAAAGAAAAGAAGUUGACAUUGGCGCAACUAUAAUUUUCAUAACGAGUGAUCGUGUAGAAUAUCUUGAGUAUCUGUCAAUGGCAUUCUCCACGGAAUUCGCUUUCAUAUUACGAUCGCCUCCGAUUUCAUACGUUUCAAAUAUUUACUACUUACCAUUCACUGGAGUCGUAUGGAUCUGUUCAAUAUUGCUUGUGAUUCUGUGCACCCUAGUCAUUGCCCUAACGUUGAAAUUCCAUGUGAUGCCUGACGAAGGAACCGAAAAUAUGACCAUAUCGGAUUAUAUUUUGUUCGCCGUUUCAUCAAUCUGCCAAAUGGGCUCAGAGUAUUUAACUAAAGUAUUAUCGACCAGAAUUUCGAUGUUCGCGUUUUUCAUUGCAUUGCUGUUCGUUUACACAUCGUACACGGCAAAUAUUGUGGCAUUGCUUCAAUCUACAACAAAAUCAAUUCAGACGAUUUCUGACUUACAAAAUCCAGCAAUUAGAGUUGGGGUAGAUGAUACGCCAUAUAGUCGGCAUUACUUUAAAAUGAAGAAUGAGCCAACCCGAAAGCUAUUCUACGGAACGAAAAUCGCUCCACCAGGCAAACCAAACGCAUUCAUGAAUAUAUCAUAG